CGCGGGCGGCGGGUCCCUGCCAGCCAGGCCGCGGCGGCUGGCCUCGUUCCUCCUCCUCCUCCUCCUCCUCCUCCCGCUCCUCCUCUUUUUUUUUUUCCCCUCCUCCGUGAGGGCGCCCCCAGCGGUUCCCGCGUCGCCUCAGCCCGGGCGGGUGAGGGAAAAGCGAGCAAGAAGGAGAGCCGCGGCGGCGGCGGCGGCAGCGGGGCGGAGCGACUUCUAGGCCCGAGCGUUGAAGGCGGUCGAGGCCUGCCUGUCUUGCCCGCCCGCCUCCUGGUUCAGGGCGGCCGCCCGAGCCAGGCAAGAUGGCGGCGGGGGAGCUGGAGUGGGUGCCCGAGACGCUCUACAACACCGCCAUCUCGGCCGUGGUCGACAGCUACGGCCGGGCCCGCCGGAGGGACAUCCGCUCCUUGCCCGAAAACAUCCAGUUCGACGUCUAUUACAAGCUUUACCAACAAGGCCGACUAUGCCAGCUGGGUAGCGAAUUCUGCGAACUAGAAGUUUUCGCAAAGGUGCUUCGAGCUUUAGAUAAAAGGCAUCUCCUUCAUCACUGCUUUCAGGCGUUGAUGGAUCAUGGAGUAAAAGUUGCUUCAGUCUUGGCCUACUCAUUCAGCCGGAGGUGUUCCUACAUCGCAGAAUCAGAUGCUGCUGUAAAAGAAAAAGCGAUCCAGAUUGGGUUUGUCUUAGGGGGGUUCCUAUCUGAUGCUGGCUGGUACAGUGAUGCUGAAAAGGUCUUCCUUUCCUGCCUUCAGUUAUGUUCCCUUCAUGAUGAGAUGCUCCACUGGUUUCGUGCCGUCGAAUGUUGCGUCAGGUUAUUGCACGUCCGGAAUGGCAAUUGUAAAUAUCACUUGGGAGAAGAAACCUUCAAAUCAGCACAAUCUUAUAUGGAAAAACUAGCUGAGCACGGCCAGCAAGCCAACAAAGCUGCCCUCUACGGAGAGCUGUGUGCUCUGCUCUUUGCAAAGAGUCAUUACGAUGAGGCUUACAAAUGGUGUAUAGAAGCAAUGAAGGAGAUCUCGGUUGGUUUGCCUGUAAAAGUAGUUGUGGAUGUUUUACGACAAGCCUCAAAAGCUUGCGUUGUGAAACGUGAAUUUAAGAAAGCCGAGCAGUUGAUAAAACACGCAGUGUACCUAGCACGGGAGCAUUUUGGAGCCAAGCAUCCUAAAUAUUCGGACACUCUACUUGACUAUGGAUUUUAUUUACUCAAUGUAGAUAACAUAUGCCAGUCAGUUGCAAUUUAUCAGACAGCCUUGGACAUCAGACAGUCGGUGUUUGGCGGCAAAAACAUCCAUGUAGCUACAGCUCAUGAAGAUCUAGCAUACUCUUCUUACGUUCACCAAUACAGUUCGGGAAAAUUUGAUAAUGCACUAUUCCAUGCAGAACGUGCGAUUGGCAUCAUCACCCACAUUCUCCCAGAAGAUCAUCUCCUCCUCGCUUCCUCCAAAAGAGUUAAAGCGCUUAUCUUGGAGGAGAUUGCAAUUGACUGCCACAAUAAGGAAACCGAGCAAAGGCUGCUCCAGGAAGCUCACGACCUGCACCUCUCCUCUCUCCAGCUGGCCAAGAAAGCAUUUGGGGAGUUCAACGUUCAGACAGCAAAACACUACGGCAACCUUGGCCGACUUUAUCAGUCAAUGAGGAAAUUUAAGGAAGCAGAAGAGAUGCACAUCAAAGCAAUUCAGAUCAAGGAGCAGCUGCUCGGUCAAGAAGAUUAUGAAGUCGCUCUUUCGGUGGGACACCUCGCCUCGCUCUACAACUACGACAUGAAUCAGUACGAAAACGCUGAGAAGCUUUAUUUGAGAUCCAUCGCAAUUGGAAAAAAGCUUUUUGGGGAAGGUUACAGCGGACUAGAAUAUGACUACAGGGGCCUCAUUAAACUGUACAACUCCAUUGGCAAUUACGAGAAAGUAUUUGAAUACCACAACAUCUUAGCCAACUGGAACCGAUUGCGGGAUCGGCAAUUUUCAGUCACAGAUGCCCUAGAGGAUGUAAGCACCAGCCCUCAAUCAACUGAACAAGUUGUCCAGUCUUUCCUGAUGUCUCAGACCGUCGAAGGACCCAUUUGCUAAGGAACUUGGUCAAUUUUACCAAUUCUUGUUUCCUUCUUCGUUUUCCCCCCAGAUUUACACGGGAAAAGUCAUACUGUGAAAUUCGAAACCAUAUUUCAUUUUUUUUCCCCCUUUUUCCCCUCCUUUCCCGGAGCUGUUUAUAUAUAUAUAUAUAUAUAAAAAAUACAUUGAAGCACUGGUCCAGUCCAUAAAAAUCCUCAUUUUGGGGAUGACAUCAACUUUUGAUGGAGUGACCAUGAGCCGGACAUGUGCUUAAUAUGCACAAGCAUGAGCACAGCAUAUUUUGUUUGGGUUCAAGGUGCGUGUGUGUGUAUGUGUAUGGUUCACAAACACGUACACACAAGCAUGUACGUGCGUGCGGGGAGGGAAGAUCUCUAAUAAUCUCAAAAAAAAAAUUUUUGUUCUAAAAAAAGCCACUUUACAAAAAAUCGCUGCAAAGACUAGAGAGAAAUAAAACCAUUCAACAGUU